ACAUCUUCUCUAAUGGCUUCCAUCGCCAAAGAAUUAGCCUUUAAGUCCUAUCCUUUCAUCAGAAUCUUUGAAGAUGGCACUGUGGAGCGCAUUCCUUUUCCGUAUUCUUCAUAUGUGCCCCCAUCUCCUGAUCAAGAUCCAGAAACUGGCGUCUACUCCAAGGACAUCACCAUCUCAGACAACCCCAAAUUCUCGGCUCGCCUUUUCCUCCCAAAUCUCCCUCAAAACCAAACCCAAAAGCUUUCCAUCUUGGUUUACUUCCAUGGUGGUGCCUUUUGCAUGGCGUCUACCUUCUCAUUCCUUCACCAACGUUAUCUCAACCGCUUGGUCUCAGAAGCCAAAGUUGUAGCUGUCUCUGUUGAGUACAGACUUGCCCCAGAGAACCCACUUCCUAUUGCUUAUGAAGACUGCUGGGCUGCUCUUCAAUGGGUUGCUUCUCACUCAAUUAACAAAGGCUCCUCAGAUGGUAACAAAGAGACAUGGUUACUCAACUAUGGAGAUUUUGACAGAGUUUACAUUGGUGGUGAUAGUGCAGGUGGAAAUAUUGCACAUAACCUAGUUAUGAAGGCAGGAGUUGAGGGCCUGUGUGGUGGUGUGAAAAUUUUGGGGGUAUUUUUGUCCUGUCCUUAUUUUUGGGGUUCCAAGCCAAUUGGGUCAGAGCCUAAAGGUAAAAACUUUGAAAAAACUUUACCUUAUUUGGUUUGGGACUUUGUUUAUCCAUCAGCUCCCGGAGGGAUAGACAAUCCGAUGGUGAAUCCGGCGGGUGAGGGUGCACCGAGCCUUACUGGACUAGGGUGCUCUAAGCUGCUUGUGUGUGUUGCUGGAAAGGAUCAUCUGAGGGAUCGAGGUGUUCAAUAUUAUGAUUUAGUGAAGGAAAGCGGGUGGAAAGGAGAAUUGGAGCUGUUUGAAGUGGAAGGAGAGGAUCAUUGCUUUCAUGUCUCGCUUGGGAUCGAGACCAAGACUGAUCAGACGGAGACUACGACUGAGAAUGUUAAGAAAAUGUUCAAACGCUUGGCAUCAUUUCUUGUGUAGCUAAAUUUAUGUCAUGCUAAUGAGAAUCCUCAAUUCCGCAUGAAGCACAAUGUGACUGUCUUUGGUAUACAAAAUAAAUAAAUAAAACUAGAUAUGAUGAAUUAUGUACA